GCAUAACUUAGAACAAACUGCCUGCCACAAGCAAUCCAGCCUCACCUCUCACCUCUCACCAACCCACUCACUCACCACUCGAUUCACCAACCAACCACCUUCGCAGCUUCGCUCCCUCGCCCUUGCCCCUUCCUACCGCUCGACAAAAACUGCAACCAUGGAGACGAUAGACCUCUACGAAACCCUCGGCGUCUCCAAAUCCGCCAGCAAAGUCGAGAUCAAGAAAGCCUACCACAAGGCGGCGCUCGCAUCGCACCCCGACAAGGUCCCGGAAGCCGAGCGUGCGGAGGCCGAGAUAAAGUUCAAGGCGGUGAGCCAAGCGUACGAGAUCCUGUUUGAGGACGAGACGCGCGAGCGGUACGACCGCUUCGGCAUGGCGGCGUUCGAGAACGGCGGUGGUCCCGCCGACGGCGUGGACUUGGACGAUAUUCUCGCGCAGAUGUUUAUGGGCGGGAUGGGCGGGAUGGGGGGCAUGCCCGGUAUGGGUGGUAUGGGAGGCAUGCCAGGAAUGGGGGGAAGGGGUGGCCCCGCUAGGCAGCAGAAACAGAAGGGGAGGGACGUCGUGCAUCAGUAUGAAGUCUCGCUCGAGGAACUGUAUAAGGGCAAGACGGUCAAGUUGAGUUCGACUAGGAAUAAGUUCUGUGGUACUUGCGCUGGCACUGGAGGAAAGGAUAAAUCCAAGCCCAAGAAGUGUUCCACCUGUGACGGACGAGGCUGGAACCAGGCGCGCCGCGUCGUCGGUCCUGGGCUCGUCACGCAACAGGACAUUCCCUGCUCCAACUGCCGGAGCAGCGGCAUGGUAUUCCGCGACAAGGACCGUUGCAAGAAGUGCAAGGGCACGUGCGUGCAGGAGGAGAAGAAGGUGCUGGAGGUCUACAUUCCCCGCGGAUCGAAAGAGGGCGACAAGAUUGUUCUCGAGGGUGAGGCGGACGAGCAGCCUGGUUUCGAGACGGGCGAUAUCGUCUUCAUCCUCGAGGAGAAGGACCAUGAGGUGUUUACCCGUGUCGGAGCCGACCUCAGCGCUACGUUAAAGGUUGACCUCGUGGAGAGCUUGACCGGGUUCAGCAGAGUGGUGCUGAAGCAUCUGGACGGACGGGGCAUCCAGCUCACUCAUCCUGUUGGCGAGUUCUUGAAGUCCGGCCAGGUUCUCAAGAUCCCCGGCGAGGGCAUGCCCCAUAAGAAGGGCGAGGGCAAGGGUGACCUGUACUUGGUCGUUUCGAUCGAGUUCCCUGAGAAGGGCUGGAAACCGGACGUCGAGGCUAUCCGGAAUGUCCUUCCCCCACCCUCUCACCCGAAGAUUGAUGCCGACGUUAUCGACGAGCACGACUACGUUCGGAAUGCUUCUCUCCAGGAUUUCGGCGGUGACGACGCGGUCUGGGAAGACGAAAGCGAAGACGAGGAACAAGAAGGGCCUCAGUGCGCUCAGCAGUAGUGACUUCAAUCGCCGCAAAUACCCCCUCCUUGAUCCCUAUUUCUACCUACUCCAAGGCAUUUUCUUCGUUUUUGUUCUUUUCGUUCUUAGAUAUCGAUGGCGGGAACAGACUUGGAGGCAUAACGUUUGGGCUUUGUUUUCUGGCGUUUGUGUGGCAAUACUUUUUGUGUUCUUCCCGGCGCGGCGGGUGGCGAUGAGCCGAAAAGUUCUGUUUGUUUUUUUUUCUCGUUCGGCUUGUGCCGGCUUGUGGUGACAUGGGCAUUGGGAGGGAGCGGUGUACUCUAUUCUUUUGUGGUGAGAUUGGUUACAUGUGCAGCAGCCUACAGAUGAAGGGGAGGAUGCGGUAAUAGAUAUCAACUGCGAGUUCUGGCGGGCUGAAUAGGUCUUGCGAGGUGAAUCAAUAGCCG